AUGGGAAAAAUUUUAUACUGUGUUUUAGCAAGUAUCUGGUGUCUGCUGUGUCAAUCUGAAGAAGUGCAACAACAAUGUCCAGAAGGUUUCUCCUGUUCAAAAGUAAUGCGACGAUCAGGACUAAGAUCUAACGACGAUUAUGAACUAGUAUUAACUCUUUGUCCGCCAGGCACAUUCAGUGGACUGGGACAAGAUGAUUGCGCACCAUGUGAAUCGGGUUAUUAUUCCAACACAAGUGGUUCCGCUUCUUGUACUGUCUGUCCCGCUGGUCAUAUGUGUAGAGAAGCUGACAAAGUCCCAUCACCAUGUUCGCUGGGAACAUAUUCGUCCUGUAUGGGACAAAUCUGUUGCAGUGCUUGCCCGCUUGGUACAUAUACACCACGACUAGGAUCAAUCGAAUGCAAAAACUGUCCUGCUGGAGCUCAGUGUCCAAAAAGUCCGAAAAUUGUUUGUGGUGGUGAUAUCCUAUCCCCUCAGCAUCAAGCUAUUCUUACUGAAUUCACUGGUAAACGAAAUCCUAAAUGGAAACUGUUGUAUAAGGCCACACGAGAUGGAUUUAGCGGUACGGAUUUUCAUCGUCUCUGUGAUAACCAAGCACCAACGAUGACAAUUAUCCAGUCAACAAAUUAUUACUUAUUUGGUGGGUACGCUAAUCUAGCUUGGAAUUCCUCAUGGAACUAUAUCAAUGAUCCUCACGCUUUCAUUUUUACCUUGACAAAUCCAAACUCAAUUCCCGCAACUCGUUAUCUGAUUCGAGGUGGAUAUGAACAAUACGGGUACUACGAUAGUUCAUCGUAUGGUCCUACAUUCGGUGGUGGUCACGAUAUUUAUUUGUCCAACUAUAGUAAUGCAACUGAUUGCUAUACAAAUUUCCCUCAUAGUUACACGGACACAACAAAAAAAGGUUCAAUUACAUUUACGGGCAAUUACACAUUUCGAUCACGUGAAAUCGAAGUAUAUAAAUUAGUGGGAUAA